AUGAUAAUUGCAAGUAAGGUCAUCUGUGUCAAUUUUUUCUCAAUUCGCCACGCUGAAAGCUUGUCACUAUUGAAGGCUCGUUACGGUCAAAGGUUCGCCGCCACCAUCGAAGCUUCGCCGCCGCCGUCAAAGUCGAAGGCUCGUCACCUUACAAGGUUUUUCCGCUCUCUAUCUUUGCCGCCAAACUAUUGCAGGCUCUACCAUCACUCUAAGGUUAUUUCCAGGCAUUCCGAGUCUAAAGAUAGAAAGAGCAAACAGAGGGGGAAGAAUGUUCAAGAUUCUCAAGUGAAGACCCUUUUUGAGCAGCUGAAUGAUGUUCCUUUGGAUAGUGAUGAUCUAGCAUCAACAAAUAUUCAUUUUCGUGGAAGGUUUCCUAGACAGGAGAAAAUUAUCGAGGAGGCAGAUUCCCGGGUGCGCAGUAAUGGCAGUGGAAUGAAUAGGGGGAAAAGGCGUAAGUUUCGAAGUGCUCGAAGAACUCGUGUUGCCACAACAUCAAGAGAAAUUGGAGGUGAGAAUGAACUUUCUGUGGCUUCCAACUCAAUAGCUCAGGCUUCAGCCCACCAGAAAUAUCACUUGGAGGGGGCUGAUGAGUUUGGAGAUGAUAAUGUUACUAGGGCUCCGAAAAAUGGGUGUGGCAUUCCAUGGAAUUGGUCCAGAAUUCAUCACAGGGGUAAAACAUUCCUUGACAUGGUUGGAAGAAGUUUGUCUUGUGGUUUAUCAGACACUAGGUUGAAGAAAGGGACAUUUGAUGACAAUGGAAGACAUAUUUCUGAGAUGCCUAUGGCAUCUGAGCAUUUGAGUUCAUAUACUAAGUAUGAUGCAGAGGCACUGCCCUUGCUAGUUGAGGCUUUUGUGUCUCACGCAAGCACUGAAAAUGCUUGUUGGGAUCAUGACUAUUCUGGGGAACUAGGUCUUUUUGGUGAUAACUUAUUCAAGCGUGAUGUUGAUUCUGAUCUCGCAUCCAAAGCUAGAUCUGGUGAUCAGCGUAAGUUGAGAGGGAAUCGCCAUAGUCGACACCAAAGUUUAACACAAAAGUACAUGCCUCAAACCUUUAGAGAUAUGGUUGGGCAAAAUUUAGUGGCACAAGCUCUUUCUAAUGCAGUAAUGAAGAGAAAAGUUGGUUUGUUGUACGUGUUCUAUGGUCCCUAUGGCAUUGGAAAAACGUCUUCUGCUUGCAUAUUUGCAAGAGCUCUGAAUUGUAAUUCUUUAGAACACCCAAAACCUUGUGGAUUUUGCAAUUAUUGCAUAGUGCAUGAUAUGGGCAAGAGUAGAAAUAUAAAGGAAGUAGGUCCAGUUAGCAAUUUUGACUUUGAGAGCAUCAUGGACCUACUGGACAAUAUCAUUGUUUCUUAGCUUCCAUCACAUUACAGAGUGUUUAUUUUUUAUGACUGUGAUACUCUGUCGACAGAUUGUUGGAAUGCUAUAUCGAAGGUCAUUGACCGAGCACCUAGACGUGUCGUUUUUAUCCUUGUCAGUUCUAGUCUUGAUGUCUUGCCUCAUAUAAUAAUAUCCAGGUGUCAAAAAUUCUUUUUCCCAAAGCUGAAGGAUGCGGAUAUUAUACAUACUCUGCAGAGGAUUGCAACCAAAGAAGGUCUAGAAAUUGAGAAGAAUGCCCUGAAACUGAUUGCAUCAAGGUCGGAUGGAUCUAUGAGAGAUGCUGAGAUGACCCUUGAACAACUUAGUUUACUUGGACAGAGAAUAUCCGUUCCUCUUGUUCAGGAAUUGGGCUAA